CGCCUCCCGGGUGCCGCGUUUGGACCGGAGUCGCUGCCCCGGCGCUCUGCCGUGGGCGGCCCGCGGCGCGGCGGCCCCUCCCGUGAGGCGGCGGCGCGUGCGAGCGGCUGUGUGGGCGCGCCAGGCCGGCGGGCGCGGGCAGUUCCCGAGUCCAAAUCUGGUUCCUAAGAAACAUCAAAGGAAGCCUGCACUGGAGGCCCCCGGGUCUCCUCGGAAGCCGGACUGCAUCCACUGUGUGAGACGGGAUGGCACCCCCCACCAGUGUGCCCUCGUCAUUGCUGCUGCUGACGGCUGUUGCAGGUUGUGCCGGUGGCCCGUGCCGCGAGGGGAGGACGUUCGCCAAUGCCGUCGUUUCGCCGGACCCGGCAACCACCAGGAUCGCGCGGGGGCCCCCGGGCAGCCCCGCGGUGCGCUGCACGGCCGCGUGCUGUGAGCUGGCCGGCUGCGACCUGGCCUGGUGGCUCGAGGGCCGCUGCUACCUGGUGAGCUGCCCGCGCUCCGAGAGCUGUGCGCCCAAGGCCGUGGGCGCCCCCGGGUCCUUCCUCACCUUUGUGCGCAGGCCGGCGCGGCUGCUGGACCGCGGGGCGAUGCUGCGCGACAGGGGGGCGCCCUCGGGACGGUGGGGCGACGCGCCGCAGGAGAUCGGGAAGGACUGGCCCUUCCUAGGCCCAGAGCGGGGCCCAGAGGAGGCGCCGGGGCACUCGGACGACAGCGCGCAACCCGAGCAAGCCCCCGCGCGGCCCCUCGGCAAGCCGGGGCCCAGAGGGAGCGCCGAGCCCUCGGCCUGGGGCCCGCGCCGGGGCGGCCGGGCCGGCGGCAGCCCCUCUGCCGGAGGCGGCCUUGCAGCGGCCGCCGAGAAGCAGGACCACCCUGCGCCGCGGCCGCCGAACGCGCCCCCAUGGGCCGCGGCCCCACAGCGGUCUCGGGAGAGCGGCUCGUUGCCAUCCUCGGUGACAGCCCCACCUUGGGGACAGGCGUUGGGAAAGGAGGCCUUGCUGCGCCAGGAGCGACCCAGCGCCGGCUCCGGAGGAGAGGUUUUAAUAUCUUCCCGUCAUCCUCCUCCAGCCAGAGUGGCAUUCAGCCCAGCCUCCACAGAGAAGAGCCCACUUCCCACAGUCCCCGUGCGGAGCCCAGAGCAUGGUGCCCUGACCCCUCCCACUAGCCUUGUCCCCACUGAGCCCACCCCACCAGAGCAACCUGCGUCUCCGACCGCUGCUCCCAGGACAGUGAAAGCCCUCACGGUGUCCGCCGGCGACAAUCUCGUAAUGACUUUACCGGAGGACCAAGUGGACCUGAAGGCUUUUGUUGUGCGUGCGCCCCCUGCAGAAACCACCUACAGCUACGAAUGGAGUUUAAUAAGCCACCCUGUCAACUACCGAGAUGAAAUAAAAGAAAGACACAUGCAAACUCUUCAUGUCUCUCAUUUGUCAGCAGGACUUUAUGCCUUCAAAGUAGCAGUUUCUGGUGAAAAUGCCUUUGGAGAAGGAUUUGUCAAUGUCACAGUUAAGCCAGCCAGAAGAGUCAACCUGCCCCCCACAGCGGUGGUUUCUCCCCAGAUGCAAGCCCUCACCCUGCCUUGGACGUCGGCCUUCCUCGAUGGCAGCCAAAGUACGGAUGACACUAAAAUCGUCAAUUACCACUGGGAAGAAAUUAGCGGCCCCUUCCGAGAGGAGACUCCCACAGAUUCCCCCGUCCUACAUCUGUCUAACCUCGUUCCUGGAAACUACACUUUCAGAUUGACUGUUACAGACUCGGAUGGAGCCUCUAACUCCACAACUGCAGCCCUAAUAGUCAACAGUGCUGUGGACCAUCCUCCAGUCGCCAAUGCAGGACCAAAUCAGACCAUAACUUUGCCCCAAAACUCCAUCACUUUGAAUGGAAACCAGAGCAGUGAUGAUCACCAGAUUGUCCUCUAUGAGUGGUCCCUGGGUCCAGGGAGUGAGAGCAAAGAGGUGGCCAUGCAGGGCGUUGAGACACCAUACCUUCAUUUGUCGGCCAUGCAGGAAGGAGACUAUAUGUUCCAGCUGAUGGUGACAGAUUCUUCAAAGCAGCGAUCCACGGCUGUGGUCACUGUGACUGUCCAGCCCGAAAGCAACAGGCCUCCAGUGGCUGUGGCCGGCCCAGACAAGGAGCUGGUCUUCCCGGUGGAGAGCACCACCCUGGAUGGCAGCAGGAGCACUGACGACCAGGGCAUCGUCCUCUACCACUGGGAGCACGUCCGAGGCCCUGGCGCCGUGCAGAUGGAAAAUCCCGACGACGCCGUAGCCACGGUGCGCAGGCUCCGGGUGGGGACCCACCGCUUCCGUCUGACGGUGACUGAUGGGCAGGGGCUGAGCAGCACAACCACCCUCACUGUGGCCGUGAAGAAGGGAAAUAACAGUCCUCCCAGAGCCCACGCCGGUGGCCGCCACGUGCUUGUGCUUCCCAAUAACUGCGUUACUUUGGACGGUUCGAGGUCUACCGAUGACCAAGGAGUUGUGUCCUACCUGUGGGUCCGGGACGGCCAGAGCCCAGCUGCUGGGGAUGUCAUCGAGGGCUCCGACCGCAGCGCAGCCCUGCAGCUUACCAAUCUGGUGGAGGGCGUCUACACGUUCCGCUUGCAAGUUGCUGAUGGUCAGGGGGCCUCGGACACGGACACGGCCACCGUGGAAGUGCGGCCAGCAGGAUUUCAGAGCGGACCUCCCGUGUGUUCUGGCUUCGCAGACCCUAGGAAGAGUGGACUGGUGGAGCUGACCCUGCAGGUGGGCGUGGGGCGGCUGACCGAGCAACAGAAGGACACCCUCAUGAGACACCUGGCAGCCCUGCUGAACGUGCCAGACUCAGACGUUAAGGUUCAGAAGAUCCAGGCCCACUCGGACCUCAGCACCGUGAUUGUGUUUUAUGUCCAGAGUGGGCCGCCUUUCGAGGUUCUCAAAGCUGCCGACGUGGUCCACAGUUUGCAUAGGCAGCUCUCAAAGGAGAAGGCCGAUUCCUUGCUCUUCAAAGUCUUGAGGAUCGACACAGCAGGCUGCCUUCUGCAGUGCUCUGGCCACGGUCACUGCGACCCCGUCACCAAGCGCUGUGUGUGCUCCUGGCUGUGGAUGGAGAACCUGAUACAGCGUUACAUCCGGGAUGGGGAGAGCAACUGCGAGUGGAGUAUAUUCUACGUGACGGCGUUGGCUCUCACUGUCCUCGUGCUGAUCGGGGGCUCGCCCUGGCUUUGCAUCUACUGCUGCAAGAGACGAAAAAGGACUAAAAUAACGAAGAAAACCAAGUAUACCAUCCUGGAUAACAUGGACGACCAGGAGAGAAUGGAGCUGAGGCCCAAGUAUGGUAUUAAACACCGAAGCACAGAGCACAACUCCAGCCUGAUGGUGUCCGAGUCUGAGUUUGACAGUGAUCAGGACACAAUCUUCAGCCGAGAGAGGAUGGAGAGAGGGAAUCCAAAAGUUGCUAUGAAUGGUUCCCUCAGAAACGGAGCUUCUUUCAGCUAUUGCACAAAGGACAGAUAAUGGAGCAGUUUGUAAACUCGAAGGCUACCCACAGGAAUCGCUGAAUCCAGGACCAGUUACUGGGAGUUAAAACACAGAACUAACUCUUGUUAGAAUAGUGCAUUAAUGUCCUUUCACACGGGGCUGGAUGUGUGUCCCUGUAUUUAAAAGAUCUGUUUUCUUGGGGUGUUGGAGACAUGAAACAAAACAGAAACGUUGCUCUUUUAAACAGAGAUGCUUGCUAACAGGGAUACAGGUUGGGUCAGAUACUAGGUAUACCCGUAGAAGAGUUUCGUGUUUCGUAGGUGGCGCGGUAUUUAUAUUACCUAGGUGGAAAUAAAGACUACCCCUGUGUCUAUCCGCAGACCUUUAGGUAAGUUAAACACGCAUUUAAAGAGGGCUGAUUUCUCUCUGGAGCUGCGAUUGCCCUUGAGGACGACGUUCCGAACAUGGUUUUUCUGGUAGGACCCACACAAUCACAUGGCUGCGUGUGUUACAGUAGCUUACUUGAGGUGUGGGUUGUCUUCUGUGUGGCAGGUUUUCUGUGCUGACUGAGACCCCCGUACAGAGCAAGCCCCCCAGUAUGCUUAUUCCUUGCUGUGGCCAGCCACCGUGUGCCCUGUGUUGACAGCAGCCCCUGGGAAUCGGAGAGCUGAGUAAGAAUCAUCUGAUGAGGACCAGAGGCAUAGAAAGGGACGUGGGGGCAUCACGACCUGUAGGUCGAAAGUUGAAGGUCACAUGGUAACAUCCUUUGCCUUUUCCUUCUCCUAGAAAAGCUACCUCGAAGCCUCUCCUAGCCCCAGUGUACGUUAAACGCGAUAAAAGUGAUUAUUAACUGAUGGAACAUGUACUGAGUAUGUCCAUAGGCAUGUAUUUAGAUUGCCAUAGAUAGGAAUAAUGACUCAGCAACUUUGUCUAUAUUCUCAAACUCAGAAACGUAGUCCGUCUUAAUUAGGAUGGGAUGCUCAUGAUAAUUGGCCCCUACAGAUACUUUCCAUGAUAACAAAUUGACAUAGACACUCACUUCAUAGGUUUAAAAAAAUAUAUUAAAUCUUUUUUUUUUUUUUUAAGAUUUUAUUUAUUUAUUUGACAGAGAGAGAGAGCGAGAGCAGGAACACAAGCAGGGGGAGUGGGAGAGGGAGAAGCAGGCUUCCCGCUGAGCAGGGAGCCCGAUGCGGGGCUCCAUCCCAGGACCCUGGGAUCAGGACCUGAGCUGAGGGCAGACGCUUAACGACUGAGCCACCCAGGCGCCCCUUAAAUCAUUUUUUUUUAACCAGAUAAAUCUCACUUUAAAUAUAUGGGUGGGGGGAACCCAUCCCCAACCACAGAGCACCCCAGAGCAGACCUGGAGUGAACUAUAGCCUGAGGAGGUGGCUGGCCCCUGUUGGUUCUCCAUCCAUAGUCUUGAGGCUGGUGACCUGGGAGGCGCCCUUGGCAUUCUUUGGAAAGAUUAGAAUAGAGGUGGGGCCCAUCACAGAUAGAAUCAGUGUUGUGGCCUCAGGCGUGAACACACCUAAACAGGAUCCUGGUGCACAAGUUUCUGUGAAACUAGGAUUGCUUUACCAUGAUUAAGUGGAAAAGCAAGAGGAUCAGGUUUAAACCAUCAGGACGGAACAAGGGAGAAAAUAGUUGCUGUGGGUCCCUGAACAAAAUUAAGCUUGCAGAUGCUUUUGUUCUCUCUGGUCAUACUCAUCCUCAUGAGAUCAUCUUGUUUUCAAUUUUUGUACUUUCUGGGGAACCGCAGAACUAAAAAGUAUAUAAGACUGUAAUUUUAUUUUUAAAAAAUAAUUUCUUUGCUUAUGCCUCCACUUUCUGUAUUACUAGUCAGUUCAGUCUAUCUGUGAUGUUAGAAGGAAGAUGUGAUGGUUUCUACACCAGUAUUUAUCUUCAUAAACUUAAUCCCUCACA